AUGUUUCGUGCUGGUGGAAAUCUAUAUAAAUCAAUGAUGAAAACUCAGAGAAGAUUCUUGAAUCUCCAAGAGUUCCAGAGCAAAGAGAUUCUCGAGAAACACGGAUGCAGUGUUCAGAAGUUUGUCGUCGCGUCAAACAGAAAGGAAGCAGAGGAGAAAUGGAUGUCAUUCGGAGAUCAUGAAUACGUCGUCAAGGCCCAAAUUCUCGCAGGAGGACGUGGAAAAGGAAAAUUCAUCAAUGGAACGAAAGGAAUCGGAGGAGUCUACAUUACAAAGGAAAAGACCGCCGCUCUCGAAGCGAUUGACGAGAUGAUCGGAAAACGAUUGGUGACGAAACAGACGACAGAAGAAGGCGUCCGUGUCGAUAAAGUGAUGAUUGCAGAGGGUGUCGAUAUUAAAAGAGAGACAUAUUUGGCAGUUUUGAUGGAUCGAGAAUCGAAUGGACCUGUUGUUGUCGCAUCUCCAGAUGGAGGAAUGGAUAUUGAGGCGGUUGCUGAGAAGACACCCGAUAGAAUUUUCAAGACGCCAAUCGACAUUCAAAUGGGAAUGACCGAUGGACAAGCUCUGAAAAUUGCCAAAGAUCUCCAAUUCGAGGGAAAUCUUCUCGGAGCAGCAGCCACUGAAAUCAAGCGACUCUACGAUUUGUUCAUUGCUGUCGACGCGACUCAAGUGGAGAUCAAUCCAUUGGUUGAGACUGCUGAUGGACGAGUUUUCUGUGUGGAUGCUAAGAUGAACUUUGAUGAUAGUGCCUCUUACAGACAGAAGGAGAUUUUCGCUUAUGAGACUUUCGAAGAGCAUGAUCCACGUGAAGUUGAUGCUCAUCAAUUCAAUCUCAAUUACAUUGGAAUGGAUGGAAAUAUCGCUUGUCUUGUAAACGGAGCCGGACUCGCUAUGGCCACAAUGGAUUUGAUCAAAUUGCACGGUGGAGAGCCAGCGAACUUCCUCGACGUCGGAGGAGCUGUGACAGAGGACGCCGUCUUCAACGCAGUCAGAAUCAUCACAUCGGAUCCACGUGUCAAAUGUGUUCUCAUCAAUAUUUUCGGUGGAAUUGUGAACUGUGCGACUAUUGCGAAUGGAGUUGUGAAUGCUGUGAAUAAGAUUGGACUGAAAGUGCCAAUGGUUGUUCGUUUAGAAGGAACGAAUGUGGACGCUGCGAAGCUUAUCAUGAAGAAAUCUGGACUCACUAUUCUCACGGCUAACAAUUUGGAUGAGGCGGCGGCGAAGGCGGUGUCAUCUCUCCCGAAAUAA